UAUCACAGUGAGCUGAAAAUUUCAUUCCAGUUUUAUUCUUCUCUUACAAGGGAAAUUAUAGUAAUAGUAAAAUAAUGAGAAACGUGACUCAUAGUGAAAGGAUUUAAGUAAUGUUAAAUAAGUUUUAAGUGAAGACAGAAGCAAAAUGUUUGUUCACCCUCGCAAAUUCGUAAUUGAAGAUAGGAUCAUGAAGAGUGAGAAAGUGAUCUUUGAAGUGGGAAAUGCUGAUUUGGGGAAGUUCUUUCUGGAAACUCUCAAAAGUAAACCAACUUUCGUGGGACAGAUAGAUGCCGUUACUGGCGAAGAAUCAACAUAUCGAAGAAUGGAAGAUGAAAGUGUUCGUUGUGCUUUAUGGUUAAGAAAAAAUGGAUUAAAGCCUGGUGACAUCGUAUUCACCUGUACUUCUAAUGCACUGUAUUCCUGCAUUCCUGUUUUGGCAACUUUUUACAAUGGAGCUGCUCAUAUUUUUGGUCACAAAUCAAUGCAUAUUGAAAUAGUAAGAAGAUAUCUCGUCGAUCACAUUAAGCCAAAAUUUAUUUUCACUGAACAGGAGAAAAUAGAAAUGUUUUUAAAAAUCGUUAGUGAAGAAAAACUGGAUACAAAGAUUGUAGUCUUUACAAAAGUGUCAGGAUUAGACUCCUUGAAUGAGAUUCUCUCUCAGUCAGAAUCUGAAGAAAUAGAUAAUUUUUGUUGUAUACCGCCAUCGAAUCCGGAUGAAAAUUGUUUAUUCUGUUUAAGUUCGGGAACAACCGGAGACCCAAAGUUAAUUGUGCAUUCCUAUAAGCAAAUAAUGGAGGCUUUACAGACAUGUAUCAGGAAUCAAAGAAAAGAAAAUGCCGAUGAAAUUAUAUCAAUGAUUUAUCCACCAAUGCAUUGGGCAUUGUCACUAAAAGUAAAUUUAAUAAACAUACUAAUGUUUGCAAGAAGAAUCAUUGUUCAAGAUACGUGUUCCGAUUUGCAGCAAGUUUUUCAGAUGAUUGAAAAAUUCAAGGUUACUGAUGUUCGUUUUUCAAUUCUCAUGAUGUAUCGAAUGUACGGCUGGAAGGAACUACUAAAGUUUGAUACUUCUUCUCUGAAAACUAUAUUCUAUAAUGGUAUCAAGUUCGAACCGAGAAUAAUCAAAUUCUUGAUGCAGCUGGCAAAUAAUGUAAAAUUAAUGCAAACAUAUGGUGCAACGGAGAUGGCAACCCCUAUGUUUGGAGGAAUAAUGAAUAAUAUUGACUUAGAUUCUUGUGGUUCCAUGUGGCCAAAUAUGGAAAUGAAAAUUAUUGAUGUACAAACGGGUGAUACUCUGAACCCAGGAGAGAAAGGGGAAAUUUGCUUUAAAUCACCCGGUUUGAUGAAAGGUUACUCUCACAAUCUAAAGGCAACAGAGGAAGCUAUUGACUCAGAAGGAUGGUAUCAUACUGGCGACUUUGGGUAUUAUGAAGAGUCUGGUUUAGGAUAUAUUCUUGGAAGAAUAAGAAAUACUAUAAUGGUGCAAAUAAAUGGAAAUGUUGUACCCCUGUGGAAAGUUGAACGUGCUUUGGCAACAUUCUCUGAUAUUAUCGAAUGUUUAAUUCUAUCAGAUUUAGAAAUUGGCGAUUAUUCACAGAUUUUUGCUUUUGUAGCACUUAUGGGUGGUUCCAAGGUCACAGAAGAGGAACUUAAUGAAAUAGUGAAUAAAUUCGACGAGAUUGCGAUACCAAUAACAGUCAAAAUAUUGGAUGAACUACCAAGGACAUCAGUUGGAAAAAUUGAUUUGAAGGAACUGAAGAAAAUAGCGAAACUUUCUAUACACAAAAUUUAGGAAAUUGAACAAAAUUCAUUAACUUUUACAAUAAUUUAAGCCUUGGACUACAAAUGGAACAAUUUUAUCUCAGUUCAGGCUAGAAUUUAGAACAGGAUUUUAUUCUUUUUGAAAGCAUAUUUAUCAGACCAAUCAGAUCCAUCUGAUUUGAGACCAUCCGAUUUUUUUUUAAUUUUUAUGUGCUAACGAAAUAUGUACUUUAUAGUAUUUUUCCUACUUAAAAUGCUCCUUUUUAUCCCGUUUUCUGAUCAGGAAUUUCUUUGAAAUUUACUACUAUUUCAAUAUUAUACAAAAUAUUUGAACACAAUAUUUGCACUGGUUAUGAUUUCAAAUUAGUAUACUGUGAGAAUGUAAUGCUUUCAAUGAACUGAUAAUAAAAUAAAAUUCUUUCUCUUCUUGUUUCGUGUUAUAAAAAUAUGAAAUAAUAACUUUAAUUAUAAUAACUUACGUAAUAAGAAAUAUGUAGUUUUCAGUUACAUUCAGUUUUUAGUAUUUCUUCAAUUUCAUAAAGAGAUCAAAUAUUAAAAAAUAUGCAACUACCCCGUUCAAGCCUCAGCAGAGAUAACAUAUUGGACCAACAAACAAUAUUUUUCUGGAAAACUUCUGUUCAAUACUGUGUACAUAUGUUAAUAUGAAUAUACAAGUAUUCAAAAGAUUAAAAGCUAAAACAAAUCUACAGUCUGAAAACGAUUUGGUAGAAAUAAAGAAAAUGUCUGUUGGUCAAAUCACAGAAUGUGGCUAUCAUAUUAAUAAAAAAAUAUUUAGUUGACCCAA